AUGCCUCUAAACUUCACUCACAACGUAAUUCAUAAACGUCGAGUCUUUGUCUUUGAUCCUACUUGGUUGGAUCACGGCAGUGGCGUAUUGGCACUGUGCGGUCUGGAAAGUGUUGGUGUUGGUGUUGUUCAUUUGCUUGCCGUGCUGGUUAGAGGUAGACUCCAUUUUUGCUGGAUGUUUGGCAACGGAGACAAUGAAGUGAGCAAGGAAAAGAAGAACACCAACCUGCCGUUAGACAACUUGUAUGGCUCUGAUAUUAUCGCGAGCGGGGAGUUCGACAGUUGGUUCAUGCCCCCUCUACCGCUACUAUGA